GGGGAGCUGGUGCACCCAGCUUGUUUUUGGAAGACGCCUUGACAGCGUCGGAGUCAACUUUGAAUGAGUAAGCCGAGUUGUUUCUCGAAUGGCAUCUUCCUCUGGAAGCCUUGAGAACAAUUUCGUGCCUUCUGUCCUCCUCCACCCCCCUUGGUCAGGACAAAGCCAGCUUCCUUCCGAGCUCCCCCUCCCCACACCCUGCCCGGAGCCUCCAAGGGGGUGGGGGGAGAGGUUGUAAUUAACCAACCGACUUUGACCCUUGAUCUGCAGGCUCCCUGGCACCGCCCCAGGCCUUGUAGGAAAGUGGUGAAAUGAGGGCGGUGAGGGGCCCUGGAAGGGCUCUUGCCUCAGUUUCUCUCCUGAGGAAAUUGGUGGAGACAGUGGGUGUAGUGAUGAGACUUCUGUGGCCUGAUCUGCCAGGAUCCAAUGGCCUGUGGCGCUGGGGAUGUUUCCCAGCUUAACCUUAUCUUAAAGCUGCUUCUAUGGCCUCCUUAAAACGAGGGGAAACUGAGACAAAAGGCAAGUGAGCUGCCGGCUCACCUGAGGUGGAUUAGGGUGUGGGCCCCGGAUGCUGUUUAUAGCUUCCUGCCUGCCCAAGUUCCCUGGCCUGGUGGCUGUUCCACCCCCAAAGGGCCGGGAGGGGAGAGGAUCGGAGCCCCCUUCUUCGCUCCUGCCUCCUCCCUCACCUGUGUUUGCAUUGCUGCUUAGCUGCUCCUUCGGAUCUGAUAAACUGAACUUGGACUGUGUGAAAGUCAGUCUGGGCUUCUGCCCACCGCAGCCCUACCGGGAGCCAGAGCCGUCAGUGGCUGAACCCCCGUCUUGCCCCCUGGUUUUGGACAUGAGCCUUCGGGACUCCAGCUAUAGUGUGGCCCCUGGGCCCUGCGUGGUAGCCCAGCUGCCCUCUGAUGACAUGAGUCGUUUGGCAGACCCCCAGAGCAGAGACCACGGCUUCCUGCGCACCAAAAUGAAGGUGACCCUCGGGGACAGUGCCGGCGGUGACCUCUUCACCUGCCACAUCUGCCAGAAGGCCUUCACCUACCAGCGCAUGCUGAAUCGCCACAUGAAGUGUCACAAUGACGUCAAGAGGCACCUCUGCACCUACUGUGGGAAGGGCUUCAAUGACACAUUCGACCUGAAGAGACACGUCCGCACCCACACUGGCGUGAGGCCCUACAAAUGCAGCCUGUGCGACAAGGCCUUCACGCAGCGCUGCUCCCUGGAGUCUCAUCUCAAGAAGAUCCACGGCGUGCAGCAGAAGUACGCAUACAAGGAGCGGCGGGCCAAGCUGUACGUGUGUGAGGAGUGUGGCUGCACGUCCGAGAGCCAGGAGGGCCACGUCCUGCACCUGAAGGAGCACCACCCCGACAGCCCGCUGCUGCGCAAGACCUCCAAGAAGGUGGCCGUGGCCCUGCAGAGCACCGUCACCUCCCUGCUACAGAGCAACCACCACCUGUGAGCGGUGCCGCCCGGCCUGGGCCCCCCUCCCCGCCGCCUGGCCCGGUCCUCCCGCCGCCACCCCUUGCCGGACGCGGCGAUGGGGCCCACCGGAGCCCCCCGGCACACGGGCUCACUCAGGCGCCACAUCGAGUGAGCUCUGCUCGCGGCUGCGUCUCUGUCUUCCGGGCAGAGGCCGGGCCGAGCCUGGGCAGACGCGUGUGAGUCCGGGGCGGCCGUGAGGCCAAGGCUGCCUUCAGGUUGAAGGAGGGCACACCUAGAGGCGGGACUUCCCUCCCCCAGAGGAGGCGCGGAGGAUCCCCUUUCUGCCCUCUGGAGGGCAGCGGCGGGGCCCGCCGGGCGAGGACCGCAGAGUAAAGAGCUCCCUGCACAACUGGCAGCUGCCUGGUGGGGGGGGGGGGGGGAUCUAACGCUCAGGGCCGCGGUGGGGGGCUCUGCCCUCCCCACACGGAGCUGCAAACCCGCGUGUGCACACAGGAGGCCUUUCCACAUAUCACCUCAUUUUUAGGAAAUCCACUACAAGGUGCCAAGGAAGUUUUAUUUCCUUUUUUUAAAGAUGACACAUGUACAGAUAUUAAUAUAUUUUUGGUGCCGAUGGCGGCUGUUUUUAAGAGAGGACGGAGCUGGCUUUUCUCCCUCCCCAUGCGGUUCUAUUUAUCCUGGACAUUUCACACCUCCUCUGUGCCUUGGUUCUCCCGAGACGUUUAACCUGAGACUUUCCUCCGGCCCUGCCUGGGGAAUGCGCUGCGCUCUGUUCUUCCCCUUGGGCUGGGGUAGCGCAUCACACUGGCUCUUCCCUUCCCCCCCGAGACCCUGCCUCCCUCCCACAUCCUUUCAAGGCAAGCCUGGGGGGUCCCGAGAGCCUGCUUGCCUCCUACUAACAGACCUCCUUUUGUGGAACGAUAGUCACCAUGGCGAAGGCCGAGUUAGCCCAGCUGCGGCUCGAGGAGGAAGCCCGGCGGAAGCGAGGAGUCUUUGAUGCGCCGGGUCCACUGUCUGAGACACUGAGAAGACUAUGGGGCCAGGCUGCAAGGCCUGCCUUUUUCCUGGUUGAGUGAAAAACCCUAGGACGGCAGCAAAAAAAAAAAAAAAAAAAGGGGGGGGGGGACAGAGAAUAAUAACCAGACACAUCAGAAACCUCUCAGGAGGACAGUAUUAGAUGGCUAUCAAGUUAUAUUUGUAGCCGAUUUUCUGACUGUUUUUCAUGUGGCUAGGCUGGGUUGUGAGCAUGUAAGGACAGAGCCGUCCUGGGGCUGCUUGGCUCCAUCGAGGGUAUCAGCCAGGCUCUAUCGGCUUGGCUGUGCCUCCUGCUGAAAACAGGAAAGGGGCGUGGGUCAAAAGGGAGAGAGGGGCAGGAGUGGAGCCAGCCUGCAGAAGAACGGGAAGGCAGACUCGAAAGAGGUCCGCGGAACACGGCGGGCUGGGCCGCCCAGCGCAGCCACACCGUAGGCAGCACCAGCGUUGGCUGCCGACGGGAGGCGGGCUGCCCUGACUUCCCUCCAAAUGUGUACAGAUCGUUUCAGGAGACUGCUUUAGUUUAGAGUGUCUGGGAACUGCUGUAUUCUGGAAGUUAAAUAGUGUGAGAUAACAUUAUCUGGAAGCCCUGUUUCGUCUGUAUUUCUGUGUCCCUGUGCUAUUGCAAUCUGGGGGAGUCCUAACGCUCUGUGUUGUCUUUUAUUUUAUAACUUUCCCCCAACUAUUAAAAUCAAAGUAUUCUCGUCUUCUGCA